AUGCAGCUGGAAGAGGAAGAUGAUGGAACAGCACUAGAGGACUGGGACGAGGGAGAUGAUUCGAGCGAGCCUAUAUCAGAUCCGACCAUCAUAUGGGAGCAACAUGCCCUUCGUAUACAGAACCGUUAUAGACGAUCCGGGAUUCCGGAUUUUGCAGCGGAAACGAGGCUCGCUUUCCAGAAGAAGAUUUUUGAUCUACACGUAGACCGCGAACGCCAGCUUCGCGAAGCAACUGAGAGUAGUCCAAAGUUUGACAUGGAUGCGCAAUAUCCUCUCCGCGAGGGUACCAGUACAUCUUGGAAUGCGGUCUUAGCCGCAGCGACAUUCUCGGAGCAUAGCCUAUGGGAACUUACCUGCCCUAUGCUUUGGCGUCAUUUUGAGGGCGGGCGUAGCUUCGACCACCCUCAAUGGGCUCCCAGGGGUCUCAUGCGUAUCCAUACAGUCUCUAAUUCGUCCUAUGUCUUCUUCGAAUUCGGUGCGCGUUCGUUCAGUACGAGUCGGAUCUCUAUCCCGGCGACCGUCAACACUCGAGCACUGGUGUUUUCUGCUCGGUGCCACCAGACGAGGGCAAGCAUUGACUUCGAGCUUACGUUUGUUGCUCGUAGUUUCGUUGAGGUUCAAUUCCCAAUAACUGCAAUCAUUCAAUUCGAUGGGUCGAGCAAGAUUCCGUCUACCACAGCUGUCAAACUAACUGGUGUGUGGAUGGGGCCGGUUGAGUGA